AUGAAUAGUAAUAAAAACUUGAAUACAAGCCCAAGUGAGAAAGUUGAUAUUGGUUUACUUCUGAAAAAAUUCAAAUAGGCAAACACUAAGCUUAGUCCUCUGCCUUUGGAAUAAUUUCAAUAAGUAGCCUUUGAUAGCAAAAUAGAACUACUAUAACAAUUGCCUGAUUGCGAUAAAACAUCUUUCAUGAGAUUUAAAGAACUUAACUAAGGCGCAGUAAGUGAACUAAAAAGAUCAUUCCUACAGUCAAAGUAAAUAUGGAAUAAUUAUGGCCAUUCAUUAUUCACCGAGGAACGUGUAGAUUAACUAAAGUACUACACAUCACGAAAAAUGUAAAUGAUUCAUAACAGAGAUACAUUUAGAAAAAUAAAGGAACAGUAUAAAAAAUAGGAAGAAUCAUCCAUUGAAGAAGUAAGGAAAUAUUUUAAUAAAAUCAAAUCGAAGGGUCCUGAUAUCAAAUCUUACCCAUCUUUAUAAUAUUAAGAUUUGUAAAGAAUGGAAUCCAUAAGAAAACAAAUAAGAAUUAGUAAGCUGAAUGAUCUAAAUAAUAAGAAUAAAGAUGCUUAGGAUUUGCAGAUGAAACUAAGUGAACAAAUAAACGAAAUUAGAAUCAAAAAGCAAAAUGUCUAUAUCUAUAAAGAUGUAUCAAUUUAAUGGUAACCGUGUUCAAGAAAUGGCAGCACUAUGCUCUCAUACAAUCAUCAUUUGUUUUUGUAUGGUGGAGCAGGGGCUAAGUAAAAUGAAGACUUUUGUUGCGCUUAUGUUGAUAAAAGUGUAAUCUUUAAAUAUGUUAGAAAUUUACAAAUGGCAAUAGGUAAAACUAGAUGA